GUAUUAAUAAUGUUAUAAUUUGUGUUCUCUCCUUCUGUUUAGUGCUAGUUCGUUGUAUAAAUUAAAUAUUUAUAUACUGAUAUAUAGAGUGGCAACAUUAUCAGUUUUAUGAUAAUCAAUUUCGUAUGAUUUUAUAGUACAUUUAUUUUAUGUCAACUGAUAUUUGGUUAUUAAGAAUAAUUUAUUCGCUUUUUCUUCCAAACUUCUUGUUUAUGAUCUGUUGUUAAUUAUGAUUUCUGAUUCAGUUCAAGGAGCUGUUAAAUGGAUUACUUAUACAAAUCCAGUCGUUACUAACUCGGUACAAGGGUUUAAUUCAUUGCUAAAUUGGAUGGGAGUUGCAAGUUCCAGUGAAAAACAAAACAUUAUAAAAAUGGAGAGUCGCAAUAUAAUGCAAUUGCUUGGUAAAAAUAUUUAUUUCUAUAAAAUGGCUGGUCUUUUAGGAGCUUCUGCUGUUAUAUUAGGAGCUUAUGGUGCCCAUGUUGUGGUUCAUAAAGUUAACCCAGAAGAAGCUAGAAAUUUUGAAACAGCAAAUCGGUAUCAUUUUUACCAUACUUUUGCAUUAUUUGGUGUACCAUUUUGUCGUUUUCCUAGAAUUACUGGAGCACUUUUUAUAACUGGAACUUUAAUAUUUAGUGGUACAUGCUACUACAACGGUUUGACUGGAAAUAAAACAUUCAACAAAUAUACACCCACUGGGGGUAUGUUAUUAAUUGCUGCUUGGAUGUCAAUGAUACUUUAAAAAUAAAUUUAUUAUACUUGUUUUUUUUUUCACUUGGAUGUAUAGCUAAUAAAGAUUAUACAUUUU